UUCAAUGAACAUUGCUAGUAUUAUGUUUUCUAAAUUCAAGAUAUUAUUCAUUACCAUAAUUAAAAUAUACUGUGUCUACCUGUCUCCUGAUCUGUUACCUGUGGAGCAUGGACUGAGAGGCAGACCAAAAGAAACCUACACAUUACGCAGAACGGCCCUCAGUCAUUUUACCCGUGUGACUCUGCCUAUGUCAGCCCCACCCAUCUUCACUGGACCCAAACAGGAGGAAGGCCUUUGGGGUACCUGGUGGUGAUGCUGUGGAGGGAGGAGCCCAAAAUGCCUCCUGAUGAAGCAGAGGAAGUUUCUCUACCACUUCAAAAACGUCCGGUGGGCAAAAGGUCGCCAUGAGACCUACCUGUGCUAUGUGGUGAAGCGGCGAGACAGUGCCACCUCCUUUUCAUUGGACUUUGGUCACCUCCGAAACAAGUCGGGCUGCCACGUGGAAUUGCUCUUCCUGCGCUACAUCUCCGACUGGGACCUGGACCCAGGCCGGUGUUACCGCGUCACCUGGUUCACCUCUUGGAGCCCCUGCUACGACUGUGCCCGGCAUGUGGCCGACUUUCUCAGGGGGAACCCCAACCUCAGUCUCCGGAUCUUCACCGCCCGCCUCUACUUCUGCGAGGACCGCAAGGCUGAGCCCGAGGGCCUGCGAAGGCUGCACCGCGCGGGGGUCCAGAUCGCCAUCAUGACCUUCAAAGAUUAUUUUUAUUGCUGGAAUACUUUUGUGGAAAAUCGUGAAAGAACUUUCAGAGCCUGGGAAGGGCUGCAUGAAAACUCAGUGCGUCUAUCCCGGCAGCUUCGACGCAUCCUUUUGCCCCUCUAUGAAGUUGAUGAUUUACGAGAUGCAUUUCGUACUUUGGGACUUUGAUACCAACCUCCGAGAAUGUCACGUACAAUGAAAUGUCCCUGAAGAUAGUGGACAAAAGAACAGUCCUUCCAGAAUUCUGUUUUUCUUCAACUAACUCUUAAUGUUUUAAAGUUUAGAGAAAUAAUAUUUAUAUCUGACUUUAAAAAAAUAUAUUUCUUGAAAAUAGAGAAGGAAUGCAGGCCCAGCAGAGUAAUGCUGCAACUGGUGCUGUUUUUAAUGCAACUGUGACCCCUAUUGGGAAAGGACAGAACUGCAGAGUCUGGGAGCAAUUAAGGUGCCAGUAUUCUAUGACAUUUUAGGCAAGGAGGAAGCAGAAGAUAAAUCCUUAAAAGCAUGGUGAGAGGAUAAACUGUUUUCAGAAUCAAUAUCCUCUUUUAUUUGAUUCAUUCUGAGUUUUCAAUGAUAUCAGUGACAGAUUUUUCCAUUCUUUUCCAUUGGGGUGCACUUUCAAAUGAACAAGCUUCUAGUAGGCCAUGAUCUACAGACCUCUUUGUCAGAAAGUCUGGGUGAAACUCUAGGCCAUCUCUUUAAAGAAUUAAUAUUUAAUAAUGUACUGUAUGUUUUAACUGUCUGAGGCAUAUUUUUAUGUUUGCUUAUAAGAGGUUUUCUUGGUAUGGAAUGUCAUGGUCACCUUCAGGCUACCCUCCUAGAUAAUAAAAGGCUAAUAUGUAAAUCAAUCACUGGAGGAAUAACCGAUCACUAUGAUGCGCACUAACCACCAGGGGGCAGAUGCUCAAUGCAGA